UCUCAGACAAACUGUUAGAGCGGCAGCCAUGGCAACCGCAGAUAUUUCAGCGACAUGGAAACACACAGUUGGACUGAUUAUAAACUAAAGUUAAUGUUUCAUCAUUCUGAUGAAGUGUGAAGCCGAACCUCAGAUACGGAGAUAAGGAGGCUCUGCACUGCUCUGCUAAGCACUGACAUCAGUGUUCACUCCGCACUUGAAUAUUUCCCACACUAACUACGUUAAAAACCACAUGUCCCAUCAUCCUCCGCGAAAGCAGCACGAGAAUGGAAGUCACGUGACGUCAUGCGGAUGGAAACUUUGUAUCCGCUAAUAGAGGAGAAGAAAGUCCAGAGAAAGAUGCACGAAGAGGAUGACAGCGCUGCCAAUCCCAGCAGGAAUUCUCGGAUCCUGGCGGCCAGGUCGUUCGAUGUGUCCGACUGCUAUAGCACGAAAGACCAAGGCGCCAAAUUAUGCGGCUACCUGAACAAACUGACAGGGAAAGGGCCCCUGAGAGGCUUCAAAACGCGCUGGUUUGUGUACGACCCCAGGAAAUGUUACUUGUAUUAUUUUAAGACUCCUCAAGACGCCCUUCCACUGGGACACAUUGAAAUAGCCGACGCUUGUUUCAGAUAUGAUGUGGAGGUUGAAGAGGGGCUUUUUGAGAUCCACACCGAGGGGAAGGAGUUCCUGCUGAAGGCGCCCAACAGGCAGGUGAUGCAUUAUUGGCUGCAGCAGUUACAGCAGAAACGAUGGGAGUUUUCCAACAUGUCCGGCCACAGAGACAGCUGGUGCUCCCCCACCCCGUUUUUUCCACAUACGGGCCUGGUGGCCAAAGAUGCAGAAGCAAUGCUCUGUGAGAAGCCCAACGAGAGUAUGGAAAGUGUUCGGAGUGACUUUGCUGUGGAGAUGGACAGUGAUGGGCUGGUCGGGCUGCAGUCGGCACGUAACCCUGCGGCACAACCCAACGCAGCUCUCAACUCCCUCCGACACUGGGGCUCUGAGAUCAGAAAUAGCAUGUCUCACCUGCGGCCCAGCCGAGGAGGAGAAAACAGACGCAGUGUGUUUUACACAGCCAACAGUGAGGACUGGGAGAUGGUGGAUCCUCCAUCCAAAGACACACCAGAGCACAAACCUCCACCUGACGGCCAGCGCAGAGAAAGCCCAUCUCACAUUCAGAGAUACUCCAUUGGCUCAGCGUUCACGUUUGACUUCCGCAACCCCUCGAGAAUGAAACGGCCCUUUCACAUGGGCUCUGGGAAAACCAACCGCAGCGCAGAGACCUCGCCGGUUGAAUGUAACGGGACCAAGACCUCUGAAUUGCAGCUUCGCAUUCAGAGCCAGCAGGAGGAGAUCAACCGCCUGCUGGAACAAGAGAACCAGCUCAGAGAAGAGCUCUCCAGUCAAAAGGAGUUAGUUCGUCUUCUUCAACAAACACUACGUAGCUCCCAGUGCAAUUGGCGUUCCACAGUGUCUUCUGGAAACGUGGGGCCUCAAAGUCAAAACCAAGCUGAGAAUGAGGUGGACAAAGCCCUGGUAGAGCGGGACACCCAGAUCAAAGACCUUUGUGGGCUAAUGGAGAAGCUAGCUUUGGAGAAAGAGAGUCUUCAACAGGAGUUGAAGAGUUUGAAGAACAAAGUUGGGGAGAUAAAUGACCAGCUAGGCAUGCUGAUGGAGACAAUUCAGGCCAAGGACGAAGUCAUUAUGAAACUUUCCCAGCAGAGUGAUAAUGAAGGAACACAGUCGGCGGAAUGCAACUCACCUAGUGCAACUAAGGAACAGCAAGAGUUCAACAUUCUAAAGGAUAGCCUUCAGGGCUACAAAUCCCAAAAUAACUUCUUGAACAAAGAAAUUCUGGAGUUGACGGUCUUAAGGAGAAAUGCUGAAUCCAGAGAGAAAGCGCUGGAGGCAAAGUGCACCAGUUUGGAGGCCAAGCUGUGUCAGGUGGAGAGUAAGUACCUGGUUCUACUACAGGAAGUGAAGACUCCCGUUUGCUCCUCCUCAGAGCAGACCCAUAGCGGAGAGGUCAUUACACGCUUACUAGAAGACGCACUACAGGUGGAGAGUGCAGACCAGCAAGAGCAUCCUAUCCUUAAACCCCACGCUGUCAGUGAGUAUGACAUUUAUGGCUUCAAAACUGUCCCAGAGGAAGAGGAUGAUGAGGAAAAACUUGAAGCAAAAAAACGAGCGCUAGACCUGAAGUCCCUCUCCCUGACAGACCAGGAGACCUCAGUUCGAGUAAAAUGGGACAACUACCUGGCCAUCACCAUGAACCGAGAGAUGGUUCGAUCUCCAGAGCUCAAGGCGCUGAUGCGAAGUGGAGUUCCCCAUAACCACCGUUCCAAGGUGUGGAGCUGGUGCGUGAACUUCCAUGUGAAGAAGAUGCGUGACGACCUGCCAAAAGACUAUUACCAGAACCUUCUGUCCACGGCGAACGAGAAACCAAACCCGGCCUGCAAGCAGAUAGAGCUGGAUCUUCUCCGAACGCUCCCUAACAACAAGCACUAUGCUUCACCUGAUUCGGACGGCAUCCAGAAACUCAGGAACGUGCUGCUGGCUUUCUCUUGGAGGAAUCCAGAUAUCGGCUACUGCCAAGGCCUCAACAGGCUGGCAGCUAUUGCUCUUUUGUAUUUGGACCAAGAAGAUGCUUUCUGGUGUCUCGUGGCCAUCGUGGAGGUGUUCAUGCCACGUGACUAUUACACUAAAACACUGCUAGGCUCACAGGUAGAUCAGCGCGUGUUGAAGGACCUGAUGUACGAGAAGUUACCCAGGCUUCAUGCUCAUUUUGAGCAUUAUAAGGUGGACACCUCUCUCAUCACCUUCAACUGGUUCCUGGUUGUGUUUGUGGAUAGCGUGGUCAGUGACAUCCUUUUCAAGAUCUGGGACGCUUUUCUUUAUGAGGGACCCAAGAUCAUUUUCAGAUUUGCUCUCGCACUCUUCAAAUACAAAGAGGAGGAAUUUCUAAAGCUCCAAGAUCCCAUGACCAUUUUCAAGUACCUUCGGUACUUCACGCGUACAAUCUUGGAUGCAAGGAAGUUGAUGAGCAUGGCCUUUGUGGACAUGAACCCAUUCCCACUGAGGCAGAUCCAAAACCGUCGCACAUUCCACCUGGAGAAGGUCCGUCUAGAGCUCACCGAGCUGGAAGCCAUUCGUCAGACCUUCCUGCGGGAGAGAGACACCACCCUGGACGGCCGCACACUCAUCAGUGACGACGAGGAGGACAGCUGAACCACAGCCAAUAAGAGACCAGACCUGCAAAGCAGAUUAGCCAAUCACAGCGUGUCUUACACUUCUCAAUGCAUUUCACUCAAACUGUGACUUCGAGAGACCAAAGAACAGUAUUCCUUUUCAUUAAUCAGAAUGGACAUCUUUUUCAUUGUCUUGUCUAGUAUUUCAUCCAUUUGUAAUAGUAACCAAAAUCAGUAUUAAAGUAAGUAAAGUACUUUGCAAUACACUUACAUCAUGCUGGACAUAUUGUCAUUGACACAAUACUUUUUCUUUCAGCCGCAACUUAAUUUGUUUAUGUACUCCUAGUAAUCAUAUCAGUACUUGUAUUUUAUUGUAAGAUAAUUUGAUAUAAAUCAAAUUCAAGUUUACGAGGCACGUCCUCUUUCUAAACAUUCGGUACUUAAGUCACUUCCACUAAAUUCACUGUCCAGUCAAGUAGUGGAUAAAAGCACUUAUGUGUUACAUCUGUGUACCAGUACUUCCUGUCUGCUCAGGACAUUAUUACCAAACCCUGCCAUAUCACAUGACCUUUUUAACAUGUUUCACAAGCAUCAGUUCUUGCGUAUAUAGGUUCUAAAAGUGAAAUGCACAUUUGCUGUCUGUUGAGGCAUUUCUUAGGUACCAUUAUUGUUUAGAUUUGUUUCUGCCAUUUUUUCCAUUUUAAAUACAAUAGUCUAAAAUCCACAGUCAACCCCAAAGCUGCUUAAAAUGAAGAUAUGAUCAUGUGGAAAAUGUGAGGUUUUUUUGUUUUUGUUUUUGUCAACGGUUCCAAAAUGUUCUUGUAUGUUGUUACUGAAAUUCACUUAAAAUUGAAAAUGGAGUAACAACCCAUAAGGGCCUUUCUAAUGAGGGAAUAUAUGUAUGAAUUACUAGCACUUUUCUUAACUUUCAGUGUACAACUUUGUAUGUGUUACAUCCACUUCACAUUUAGUGCAGUUAAUAUGUAUUUUACAACAUUUCAGCAUAGUAUUAGAUGCACAUAUUAUACAUUUUAUCACCUGCUAGUAUGACUGCAAAUGUCAGGACGAACAAAAAUGUAAAACUAACCUUCUUUGGUUUUACUGUGAGAGCCGGUCUCUCACAACGACCAUAUUUUUGCAUGUAGAUUUGGUCACCAACACUGCCCUUAUAAAAGAAAUGUGUUAUUCUCAUUGAAAUAUGUUAUUUUAAGUCAAACGAGGCCAAUAUUUCCAUAUUUCUUCUGUUUUUCCAAAUUGCAGUCGUUGUCCAGAUAAUCUUUAUUACCCAUGUUAUUAACCAUCACGUAUGUUAUGUGAGCUAUAGCGGUUUUCGUACGUCUUCAGUGAGUAAGCUAUGAUUUUGAACCGUCUUUGAUGCUGUUGCUCGACGCAAUGCGUUGCACAGGCUUUUAUGUAAAAUUAUUGUAUUCUUUGUAAUGUUUCUGAAACUUGUCUUAUGACAUAAUCUUCAAAUUCUUACUUAUGCAUGAUCAUCCAAUACAUUUCUACUGCAUACAA